AUGAAGCUCCAAUCGAAGAGUUACUUCUCGACCUUGGUUGCCAUGAGCUUGCUCUUUAGCAGAGCUCAGGCAGUUUUGGGCAAGCCGCAAGAUUGGGGAUUUUGGCACAGAAGGGAAAUCAUUGGCUAUGCAAUGAUUCACGAAAGCAGGGCUACGGUAAUCAAUGAAAAAAACGAGCUCACAAUUCAUCCAACCGUCGUACCUGAACAAAUAGGAGCUGGCGUUUAUUUGAUUGACAAACCUUCUGGCUGGUAUGUUGAACCAGAUGCUUGGUUUUGUGUUGUCAAAGCGAAGAAGAACAAAAUGAAGAAAGCCGGCAAAGUCUGGAUCCCGGAGUCUUAUGAACAGAGAACUCCGGACGGUCUGGAGCCAGUUACUUUAUGGAACUCAAGCGAAGAUGUCCUCUUGAAGUACAUCAAGUACAGAGGAUUGCAGAAAAGUUCCGAAGCGCUGCGCUUCUCAUGGGCUAAGAAUGUAGAUAACAGUUGGCAGUAUCAGAUGCUUAUUCCAACGGCGGUGGUAAACAGAAACGAUUUGGAUGUGUGGGCCAAAUGCUGGAAGACAGAAGAGGAGUUGAAGAAAUAUUCGGCCGAAGUUAUUAAUUGGCAAGGAAAGUAUAACAUUCGAGGACAGCCUGGGCCAGAUCCCUCUACUGCCUGA